AAAGGAUUAUGGCUAUAGGUAUUAGCGGCUACUCGUAGGCUAAACAUGUACUCACCGGCUAGGUUGCCAAAUGUGAACAAUUACUGUUCUAGCGGUAACGACGUCACACUAAGUCUCUGAGCCAUAUUGAAACAUAUCUUGCGACCUUGACAAAAAUGUCUAGCUUUCUUUACUCUUGUACCGAUGACCAGAAAACGGAGGUGCUUGCUCUGGUUGGCGAUGAGACUGUCGCCAACACCAUUUGUAAUACCUACGACUGUAGCUUUACGGCAGUGUCUUGCGUACUCAAAUACUUGGCGACACAGCAGCAGGACAUUGCAGAGGUGGUCGCGGAGACAGCCCCGGCGGAGGUGUCUUUGAGCUUGGAUAUAGCUUUCUUAUUAUUCAGCGCGUAUCUGGUAUUUGGGCCAAUGCAGCUUGGCUUCGCGCUGCUAUGCGCAGGCGCUAUUCGCAGUAAAAACAGCCUAAACGUGCUUAUGAAGAACGUGCUUGACGCAUGCACGGGUGCCAUCGGGUUCUACUUGUUCGGCUACGCGUUUGCGUUCGGACACCACCUGAACCGUUCAUCCAACCGGUUCAUUGGAAACUGGAACUUCGCCCUGUCGUAUACGACCGACAUGAGCCGCGACGACUCCCACGCCACCUACGACGGCUACGCCAUGCAGGGCUGGCACGCCUGGUUCUUCCAAUGGACCUUCUGCGCCACCGCCACCACCAUCGUGUCGGGCGCGGUGGCGGAGCGCUGCUCCUUCGGCGCCUACCUCGCCUACGCCUUCUUUAUCAGCAGCUUCGUGUACCCCGUGGUGGUGCACUGGGUGUGGUCGCAGCACGGCUGGCUGUCGGCGUUCAACACCUCCCAUGACGGCCACGCGCUGAUCCUGAAGACGGGCGCCAUUGACUUCGCGGGCGGCGGGGUGGUGCACGUGACGGGAGGCAUGGCGGCGCUCAUGGGGGCGUGGAUCAUCGGCCCCCGCAUCGGCCGCUUCGACGCGUCCGGCAAGGUGAACGAGAUGAAGGGGCACUCCGCCACGCUGGUGGUGAUGGGCACCUUCCUGCUGUGGUUCGGAUUCUACGGCUUCAACCCGGGGUCCAACCUCACCAUUGCGACACGGGCCGCCGCUAUCGUCGUCUCCCGCGUCGCCGUCACCACCACCCUCUCCGCCGCCACCGCCGGCCUGGUGACCCUCUUCUGGCGCUACUUCCAGUCCUCCACUUGGGACACGGUGCUGGUGUGCAACGGCUGCCUGGGCGGCCUAGUGGGCAUCACAUGCGGCUGCGCGGUGGUGGAGCCCUGGGCGGCGGUGCUGUGCGGCGGCGUGGCGGCGCUGGUGUUCAUUGGCAGCGAGCACGUGGUGCUGUACAAGAUGAAGAUUGACGACCCCGUCAGUGCGGUUGCGCUGCACCUGGCGUGCGGCCUGUGGGGCCUCACCUUCCCCGGACUGCUGGCCAAGCCGCAGUACGUGCGGGAGGUGUACGGCUCGUACGGCUUUGGAUCCAGCGUCAACGCAGCGGGGAAGUACGGCAUCUUCUACGGCGGGCACGGCCAGGUGCUGCUGUGCCAGUUCAUCGAGGCGCUGUCCAUCUGCGGCUGGGUGGGGCUCAUGAUGGGCGCCUUCUUCUACGUGCUGCAGGCGGCGCGGAGGCUGAGGGUGCCGGUGGACCAGGAGCUAGCGGGACUGGACGUGACCAAGCACGCGGCGGAGGGCAUGCAGCGCGGUCCGCCGCUGCCGCUGCCGCAGGGGCCGGCGUCCGGCCGCAGCGGUUACAGCGGCGCGCCUGCCAACGCGGCAGCAGCGGGCGGUGGUGGCGGUGGCGGCGGCCCGCCCGCCUUCUACAGCAGCGGUGCCCACGCGGGUGCACCGGGCGCGGUGGAGGACAGCGGCAAUUACACCGGCCAGGCGGACUGAGAGGAGGGAAAUGAGAUGAGAUGGUGUACCUGUAUGGGGUAGGGCCGCAUGGGCCCUGUGCGCGCGCUCUUUCACUCGCGUUUGCAAUGUGCGUCAAGCGUGUUCAGUUGAGAGGGGCGGCUGAGUGCGCUGCCCCCACCUUGACAUGGCCGUGCGGUGGCUACCUGCCGUGUGGUGUGCUGGUGGCCGCUGGUCUGGAGGCCGGUGGCACCGUAUUCCAGCUGCCCUGUGCGACACAAGAUGGGUUGGAAGGCCGGGGUCUGUGAGGGCAGACACACCAACGGCAUUAACGCGGUGUGAUUCCUAUCGGGGUGAUUCCUAUCGAGGUGGUUUCUAUCGAGGCUGGAGGCAGGGGAAGGUAGGUACGGAGACUGGUAAGGAGGAGAUCACCACCUGUUGCUGACUCGACCUACAUUUGGACCUGUGAGCAUGUGCAUGCAAUCAUGCACUGCAGGGAUAACAGCUCGUGCGUUGCGUCACGUGGGGUACAGCAGUAAGCGUGCAGCAAAGGCUCACAAUGACUGGGUUAGUGGACCCUUGCGUGCGUGUGAACCUUGGGUCGGAUACUGCGGUGCAUGGUGCUCAUGGUUGGCAGACGGGAAGGGGCUGCGUGCGUUCUCAACUCGUGCUAGCUGGUGGGAGGGGGUUGCUGCCUUGAGAGGAUUUGUCCAGUUUAGUUUGUGUUGUGAUGUAUUUAAGGGGAUGAAGAUGAGGGCGGGUUGUCUUAUAAGCGGAAGCACUGAUGCCCGGUGGAGGGCGUGUCGAGACGCGCACACCGUAUGGAGAGUAAGGGAAGGACCACACCACGUGCAGGGUUGUGUCCUCUACACUUCGUUAUCCUGAAGUGAAAAACGCAUUCUGAAGAGGGGGGAGGACUAACGUUGUAGAGGUAGGUUGCGUUGUGGGGUGACGGUUAUACUGAAAGGCAGCCUGGGGUGCUUCCCUGGUAUCCAGUGGGUUUUUUCUCCGCUGGUUUUCUUGGUGGUCUUCCUGUCCUUCCUCUGUAACAGUCCACAUCGGGAAAAAAA